AUGCAGCAAGCUGUUCAGCCUCGAAUACGAGAAGUAUGGGCCCAGAAUCUUCAUGAAGAAUUUCGCGUCAUACGCGAUGUGAUUGAGACCCACCCGUACAUUGCGAUGGACACAGAAUUUCCAGGAGUCGUCGCGAGACCUAUUGGCAAUUUCAAAACCAUGUCGGAAUACCACUACCAAACAAUGCGUUGCAACGUCGACCUAUCGAAGCUCGUACAGGUUGGAUUUACUUUGGCGGAUGAAAAUGGAGAUUAUUCGCCGGAAGGGUCUACUUGGCAAUUCAAUUUCCGGUUCAGCGUGAACGAGGAUAUGUACUCUCCAGAGUUUGUGGACCUCUUACAGAAGUCUGGGAUCGACCUUUUCAGACACGAAGAGAUGGGAAUUGCGCCUGGUGAUUUUGCGGAAUUGAUGAUAUCUUCUGGAAUGGUUUUGACGGAGGAUACAAAGUGGAUAUCGUUCCACGGUGGAUACGACUUUGGCUACUUUCUUCGUGUCCUUACUGGUGAAUCACUUCCAGUGUCCGAAGACAAGUUUUGGGAAGUCCUUCACAUAUGGUUUCCGACCGUCUACGAUACUCGAUACAUCCUUAACCAAUUUAAACCAAGUACAAGUAAAGGUCUUUCCCUGAAUGACAUGUGCGAGGAAUUGGGUAUUCACCGGAUUGGCAACGCGCACCAAGCAGGCCCAGAUUCGCUUCUCAUCUCUGAUGCAUUCUUCAAGUUACGUGAAAGAUAUUCUCCCGAGGGAUUUGACCAUCGAGAAUUCAACGGGAAGAUGUUUGGAUUUGGUCAGACCGCGACUGUUACCAAUGGUUUAACAGAUCCUGGGAGAGGUGGGGCGACGAUGGCGGAACGAGAAGAUCGGAUGACGAUGCGUGAGGUUCACAAUCAAACACCUGGACCCCAGAACCAGGGUGUGAGCAUUGGUCUUCAAUUACAAGCUGGUAUUCCUACCCAAAUCCCACCGACGCAGUACGGACCGAUGGGUGCCAAUGGGCCACCCUACCUACGGACCUCUCUAGUCGGAGGUCGAUGA